GACAACCGCGAGUGACAGCGGUGAGGUGAGGGGGGUUAUUAUAGAGGUCAUCAUUUUUACAUUAUCAGUCGCUAAUACUAAUGCACUUACCUUCAAUGUGAAAAGUUUUCCGCACCAGGGACAGAAAUACUUCGCAUCGUGAUCCGGGUGAACUUUAUGUUUAAAAUACAGUUGAAGCUUUGGACAGAAUUCAUUAUCUGAAGACCUUAAAAUAUUAUAACAUUGAUCUUCACUUCAAGAAUUUCGGUAUACUGAGAUAUUUACGAUGAAGUUAUUCCACUUUCAUUUUAUUGCUAAAAGAUUAUAUUCCGGAUCAGGCAUUAUUAAAGCCCAGAAAUAUGUGCUUACUAAAUAUUUUCAAGGAGAACCGAAGAAAACUGACUUUCAAUUAGUAGAAGAAGUACUCCCCGAUCUAAGAGAUGGAGAAAUAUUAACUGAAGCGGAGUACAUCAGCGUGGAUCCAUUUAUGCGUGCCUAUAUGAUAGGGUAUAAAUUACCUGUUGAUAUGAUUGGCGGUCAAGUUGCAAAAAUUGUUGUCAGCCGAAAUGAACAUUAUCCGAUUGGCAAAUACGUUACUGGUUCCUUUGGGUGGCGUACCCAUACAAUUUGUAACCCUGAGAAAUUAAAAGGAAAUGCAGGUUUUGCACCAUUCAGCCUUUUGCCAGACAUUAGUCCCUACCCUGUUUCUUUAGCACUUGGUAUCCUUGGCAUGCCAGGCAAUACGGCAUAUUUUGGCAUGAAGGAAAUCUGUAGACCAAAAUCUGGGGAAACGAUUGUAGUCUCUGGUGCCGCUGGAGCAGUAGGAACGCAUGUUGGACAAAUCGGAAAACUAAGUGGUUGUCGAGUAGUUGGUUUUGCUGGAACGGAUGAGAAAUGCUAUUAUUUAGAGAAAGAGUUAGGCUUUGAUCGAGCGUUUAAUUAUAAGACGGUUGAUAUUAAAGCAGCGCUUAAAGAAGGUGCACCAAGAAAAGUAGAUUGUUAUUUUGAUAAUGUUGGAGGACAAAUCAGUUCAAAUAUUAUUAAUUACAUGAAUAAAUACGGGAGAGUGGCUGUUUGCGGUUCUAUUUCAUCGUACAACGAGUCUUGUUCGCCGAAAGCAACAAUUCUUCAGCCUGCGAUUGUUUUGAAAGAACUCAAAAUAGAAGGUUUUUUGGUCGACAGAUGGAUUGAUAGAUGGGAAGAAGGUAUCAAUGCCAAUCUUCGUUGGCUAGUUGACGGUAAACUAAAAUACGAGGAAAAAGUAUAUCAUGGGUUUGAUAACAUGGUGGAUGCUUUUGUUGGUAUGCUUAGGGGAGAAAAUACCGGGAAAGCUGUCGUCAAAAUCAAAUGAGUUGUUUAGCUAAGUUUAUCUAUUGAUAUAAAUUUCAUUGAAUAUAA